GCAACCCAAACCAUUUUUUGGUCUGGCAAGAUGAAAAAAAAAACAAGACGAAUGUCAUAUGGUAUUUUAAAAAUAUCCGUUACCUACACAAAAUAAAAUCGGUUGUAACUUCUGUUUUGUUUUUACUCCUUUUGAGUGCGAGUGACGAAAAUAGCGAGACUUAAGUCGAUUGACGAAGUUUUUCCUUCAGUGGCACGUAAGCUCGCGUGGGGCUGAAGGCCGGAUGUUCUCUAAUAUAGUAACUGUCGAUCCGUCUCCGACCUACAAUAAAAACAGGAGUUUGAGCAAUAUAUAUCAGAAGUUUCAAAGUCUCCUCGGCCGUGGUGCGGAUAUUGAGAUCGGCAGCUGCGCUAAAGAGGACAUGUUAUCUGCGAGGGGCAGUACGGUCGCAUCAGAGGACAGUUUCAUUACGCCGGUGUCUUCGGUCGGAGAUCUGAUGGCGAUGUCACCGCGAGGCAACCAGGCACACGAGUCAGCUGAUGUGACGAGUGACCUUCUCACGGGCGCUGACUUCGACAGUGUUUGUGAUAUAACCAUGCAGGAACUUCAACAUUACGAGGAUCCUUUGUACAUCGAUCCGACAAGUAUGGACUAUCUAGUAAAGUGUGCCGAAUCCACUCGCAGCAACAAUCAUGUAGACCGCGGCAAGGAAAGCUUGUUCAUAAAAUUCGAUCCGCUUUACGCUCGUCAGAAACCUCCAGCUACUCCUGAAUCCCUCCCGGACUCCACAGAGGCUGACGUUGGCUACGAAACUGGAAGUGCUGCAUCCAUUUUUGCUGACAACAGUGUCGCUACGCCUAAGCAUUCACUGUCUGUGGGGUCUAUCUCUAGUGCAUGGGAAAAACCUACUCAAGUGGUUCCGCCUGUCAAAAACGAUUUACCUAAAACUGAAGCUAAAGCAAUGCCGCAGUUGGUUCGAAGUGCCUCCGCAAUCCUAUCUUCUAGUCACGUAGCUACAGACAGACUCAUAAAUUUCAUAGGGAGCACUCCGCCCGUUGCUGCCCCGCGCAGUCCUCAUCACCGUUCCAACACCCACCAGGUAGACAGACUACAUUCUCUUCGAAUGAUACUACAGAAGCAGGAACAUGAAGCUUUAAUACUCCGACAGGAAAAUGGGGAUCUCAAGUCUGCGUUACACAGCAUUGAGAGUAGAUACACAAGUACUAUUGAAGAUUUAGAGUUGAAAGUUAAGAAGCUUACAGAUGAAAAACAUAAUUUGAUAGAGAGAGAGAACCAGCUACUUCAGCAGCUUCAUGACAAGAACCUGAAUAACAAACAAAUGGGUGUAGUGAUGGAAGAAUAUGAGAAAACUAUAUCUUCUCUGAUCGGUGAGCAUCAGCGGGAGCAACUACUGACCCAGGAAAUGCAACAAAAGCUAAGCGCUGAACGAGACCAAGCUUUAAGUCACUUAGCUAGCAUGGAAAGCUCAUUCAACGACUUGCUGUCCAAGUAUGAAAAAUGCAAAAGUAUUAUUAUGGAGCAUAAAGAAACAGAAAAAAUGUUUGAGCAGAAAAUUACAGAGUAUGAAGCUGGUUUGAAAAAAUAUGAGGAACUUUAUACAAACUUGAAACAGAUUACUGAAGAAAGCUUGUCUAAAGCCAAUGAAACAUUGGAAACUGUGAAGAAAAACCACAGUGUGGAGUUAACAAAGUUAAAUGCCACUAUCAAAAAGCAUGAGAUCAAAAUUUCGUCUUUAGAGGAGUCGCUGGCUCAAAAAAUAAGGGAUAAUGAAGAGUUGACAAGAAUUUGUGACCAGCUCAUUAAUGAGGUGCACUAGAUCUUUAGUGCACCAUUUUAGAGAUAUUUAACUGUAUUCUAUUAUCUAAAAUCUCUGUGAUGAAUCUCUACAAUUAUGACAUUAUUUUGACUCUUGUUGUAGUUGGAUAUAUUAUUAUAACUUUUUGAUUAGAAACAUAUUAUCAAAGAAUGCUAUCUUAUGUUUGAGCUGCAUUUGAUAUUCCAUUUACAGGUCUUGGUGCUUGUUGACUAAUUUCUAGGAACUGUUUUAAAAAUGUACAUUGUGAAUUCAUUUUUUAUAAAUUCCAUUUAAAAAAAUGUAAGACAGCUUCUACUAACUAUUAGACUUUGAACUUGUACAUGUAAACAUAAAAUAGGUGUAACAAUUAAUAAUUACAAACUCAAUUAACAAAUUAUGUGUAAACUAAUCAAGUAAUGUCCCUAAUGUCCUUAUCUUGUUGUUAAUUGCCUUGUUUAGAUGUUUGACUGACUUAAAAUAUUUAUUUCUUA